AUGGAGGUAGAAAAGCUUGUUGAUAAAAAAUUAUUAAGGAUAGUUAAAAUUAAACCUAACUGUGAAGACCUGCGAAAGGAUAUUGUGAUAAUAGAGUGGAUAGGUGUGAUGGGGGAAUAUGAACCAAAAAUUGAAGUCCAUUUUCCUUACACAGUUACAGCUGCAAGGGGAACCACUGUUAAGAUGGAGUGUUUUGCACUUGGCAACCCUGUUCCAACAAUCUCUUGGAGGAAAGUUAAUGGUCAUAAUCCAAGUAAAGCCCGCCUGAGAAAAUCCCAAGCUGUGCUUGAAAUACCUAAUGUGCAGCUGGAGGAUGCAGGGAUGUAUGAAUGUAAGGCUGAAAACUCUCGUGGAAGAAACGUCUUCAGAGGACAACUACAAGUGUACACCUACCCACAUUGGGUGGAGAAACUUAAUGAUACUCAAUUAGACAGCGGAGAUCAGCUCCGAUGGGAAUGUAAAGCCACUGGAAAGCCAAGGCCCACAUAUCAUUGGCUGAAAAAUGGAGUUCCUCUCUGGCCACAGAGCAGGAUUGAGAUGGUUAAUGGUGUUCUGAUGAUCCACAGUGUGAAUCUCUCAGAUGCUGGAAUGUAUCAGUGCUUAGCAGAAAAUAAGUAUGGCACCAUUUAUGCCAGUGCUGAGCUGAAGAUUUUAGCUUCAGCUCCCACUUUCCCACUAAAUCAGAUGAGGAAAACAAUAAUUAUUACCAAGGGCCAAGAAGUUGUCAUUGAGUGCAAGCCACAAGCCUCUCCAAAGCCAACUAUCACUUGGAAGAAAGGAGACAAAGCAUUAAGGGAGAGUAAGAGGUCAGAAGCCUGUUCG